UUUCCGGUGCGCGGAGCGAAAACCCGGAAGUAAAGUAGUGCUACGGAAAAGUAUGUGGUUUGAGCCGCUUUAUAUUGUAACGAAAGUUUGGCAAGAAAGCGACCACAGACUUAAAAACUCGUAUAAUUCAUAAUCCUGAGAGUAUUAGUGCAUUGAAUAAGUUGAUAUGCUUCCAUUAUCUCUUCUGAAAACAGCACAGAACCAUCCAAUGCUGGUGGAACUGAAGAAUGGGGAAACAUACAACGGUCAUUUGGUCAGCUGUGACAACUGGAUGAACAUCAAUUUGCGAGAAGUCAUCUGCACCUCCCGGGAUGGAGACAAGUUCUGGAGGAUGCCUGAGUGCUACAUCCGUGGAAGCACCAUCAAAUAUUUGCGCAUCCCAGAUGAAAUCAUCGACAUGGUUAAAGAUGAGGUGGUGUCCAAGGGCCGCGGCAGGGGAGGCAUGCAGCAGAACAAGCAGCAAGGAAAGGGCAGAGGAGGCGGUGCAGGCCGAGGUGUGUUUGGCGGACGUGGAAGAGGCAUGCCAGGUGCAGGCCGUGGACAGCAGCAAGACAAAAAGCCUGGAAAACAACAGGGUGUCAAAAACCAGCACUAAGCACACACAUACACGGCAUCUUGGGCGUCUCCAAAAGUCUUUCACUGGCUUUUGGUGUGUUCUCUGGAUGUAGACCGUUGGCGGCUAACUUGUCAUUGCUUUAUAAAAUGUUUUCCCUUCCCAGAAUCUGAUUUUAAUGCAUCAGUUUAAUUACGGUGCAGAUUUAACCAUGUCGAUGAUUUCAUAAAUCUGCACCGUAAUAAAAUGCUUUUUGCAUCACCUGUAGUAGAAGGAGUUUUGUAAUAAGAUAAAACAUGUUUUUUGAUUGGAUACAUUUUUGUGUAGUACAUGUGAUUUGUAAACAAGGGGAUUUGUUUGAUGUUCUUAGUUUCAUACACAUGCACCAGAAAAAUAUUUUUUGAAUGUUUGGAUGCCCUAGAUAUUUGCAAUUUUAAGUUGAAUACUUCAUAUACAGUAUGGCAUCUAUGUAAAAAAAAGAAAAGAAAGUAUUUUAUUUUCACUUUAAGUUUUUGGUUCUGGGUUUUGGUUUCUGUUUUUACCACCUAAUUUGUCUGUUUUCAUUUUGCUUUAGAUAUGCGGAUAUGCUGUAAAUUAUGUGCAGUGGUCAAUAAACACUUUUUUUGUUA